AUGGGUUUCGUGAAAAGAAAUAAGUGGUCAAACGCCAACCAAGGCAAGAAACUGGCCAUGCAACGAAUGUGGAAUAAUUCAUCGAUUCGGAUACGCACAAAUCUGUUCCUGCUGCUGUUCGGAAUAGCUUCCGUUUCAGUGCUUAAUCACACCGAGGCAGGAUUUGCCUGUCUCAGCAAUCCUUGCGUCUACGGAGUAUGCAUCGAUGAUUUAAAUAGUACCUAUUCCUGCUACUGCAUCGACGGUUACACCGGGACGCACUGUCAGACCAACUGGGACGAAUGCUGGUCCAGUCCGUGCCGGAACGGGGGUACCUGCAUCGAUGGAAUCGCAGCGUACAACUGCACCUGCCGGGAUGGGUUUGUCGGACUCAACUGCGAGGAGAACUUCAACGAGUGUCUUUCCAACCCCUGUCAGAAUGGGGGGAGCUGUCACGACCAGGACAAUGCUUUCGUCUGCAGCUGCGUCCCCGGCUACGACGGGACGUUCUGCGAGGUGGACGUGGCAGUAUGCGAAACUGGUGGCGAUCGCUGUCACAAUGGGGGCCAGUGUAUCGAAGGCCCGGGGCUGGAGUUUACCUGCCAAUGUGUAGAAGGGUACGAAGGUCGCUACUGCGACCAGGAAACCAACGAGUGUGACUCGUCACCGUGCCAGAAUGGAGCGAUCUGUAUCGAUAAGUUCGCUGGUUACGUGUGCGCCUGUACGAUGGGUUUCACUGGAACGAAUUGCGAAGAGGAGAUUAUGCUGUGCGAGAAUUCACCCUGUGCCAAUCAAGCGCUGUGUUUGGUGGAGGAAAGUGAACCUACGUGCUACUGUGUUCCUGAUUUCCACGGUGAACGUUGCGAGUAUCAGUAUGAUGAAUGUCAGCUGGGGACGGGUCCACGAUGUGUCAAUGGAGGAACGUGUAUAGACGGAGUGGAUGAGUACACUUGCAGCUGUCCACCGGAUUUGACUGGCACUAAUUGCGAGUGCCUGAUCCUAGACGAAUUCAGCAUGGAUUGCAACUAUACUGCUCCGACUGUUUCUACUUUGGAAUAUGAAUCUACCACUGGUUAUUCCGGAACUAGUUUUAGUUCAGUAUAUUCCACUAUUGGAGGAGCUCAAGUUUGGGAUGGAACAACUGCAUCAUCUGUUACUACGCUCCUGCCGGGAUUACUGAACACUACAAGCUCCUAUACAGGUGGAUCAGCUUCAAUCGAUGAUGCAAGCUUUGUUGGAGACAUCACAAAACAAAGUUUUGGUUCCUCACCGACUUACCAAUAUUCAACGACCAGUGUUGGUAUCGAUGGCUCAACAAUUUCAAAGGAUAUUACCUCCAGCCCGGAUCAGCAGAUUUCAGUGGAAGGAGAAAUGUCCACCGGAUCCUCCGGUACAAUAGGUGGAGCAGACAAAACUACCGCACCGUCAGAUGUCACCCCAAGUGGUGUGGACGGGGGUGAUCAGGUGACCGAUCGUAGAACAACAAUCUCUUCUGACAGCAGCAGUGGAACCAAACCUGUUGACGGUAGUAGUCCACCGAAAAUCGACGGUGAAACGAUGAUCACAACAGCAAAUGCAGACGGAGAUUUAGCUUCGCCGGGUCGAUCUACCGAACUACCCUCAGUAGAUGCUACACUAACUCCAUUCUUCACAGAAACUCCAGGAAAAAAAUCUACUUCCGUCCUCACAGAGGACCAAUUCACCGACGUCAGUCCAUCGCAGAUGACCACCUACGAUUCGUCCUUACCGGACUCUUUCCCUGCCGUAACAGUGUCUUCCACGACGACAACAGCGUUCAGUAGACCGCCGGACGUGAUCAUCACCGAGUGUGACGAUUCGGUGUGUGUCAAUGGUGGAACAUGUUCCAUGACACCCGCCGGUAUCAGGUGCCAUUGCGAUUUCCGAUACAUGGGAACGUUUUGCGACGUACCAGUUAGCAUUCAGAAUGCAGCUUUUUCGAGGGAUUCCUACCUGCGUCACAUCGUCUAUCGAGGAAACGAAAGCAAGCAGAGAAACAUGACUAUCGAGCAGCUGCUCUCGAUGAGCGUUCGGUUCAAGGCCAAGCUGACCUCUCGAGAGGGUCUUAUUAUGCUUGCCGCUGCCGAAGGAACCGAGGGAAGUCACUACGUUGCGUUGUUUUUGCACAAAGGUCUUCUGCAGUUUCAAUUCUCCUGUGGACUUCAGACGAUGCUGCUGAGUGAAAUCGAGGGUUUAGUGAAUAACGGCUAUGAAAUCAACAUCAAAGUUCAGUUAAAUUUUAACGGUCGAUACACACAUUGUAAUGCUUCUUUGCACGUGAACGAAACGUUGGCUAUGAGUGGUGAACAACCAACUUGGUUGAGAGACCUAGACAACUACGGUGCGAAUGGAAAUGCUGUCCCAAUCCGACACAGUUGGUUGCAUUUGGGUGGUCGACCGAUCAAAACUAUGUACACUUUGAGUCACAACAUCUCUCGCUACCAGGGUUUCACUGGCUGCAUUUACGAACUGGAAGUCAACCAAAAUCCAAUUUCUAUUUUUGAUAACGCCGAAGACGCCUAUAAAAUCUACGAGUGCACUUCGCUAGCGUGUUUGUCGAGUCCGUGCAAAAAUGGUGCUAUUUGUGUUGAAGAGGAAAGUCAGGUUCUGGAGAAUCGUUACAAACCGAACAGUCAAGCUAACUGGAGCUGUCGAUGUGCCUUCGGUUACAUGGGAAGGACCUGCGAGCGAUCGGUUUGUGACAACAAUCCGUGCAAAUUCGGCGGUACUUGUGUGACCUUUCCCGAGAGCGGUUACCUGUGUUUGUGUCCCUAUGGAAAGCAUGGACAUCUGUGUGAACACGAUCUGGAUAUCCUUCAGCCGUCGUUUUUCGGCAGCAUCAAAGGACUGUCGUCGUUUGUUGCCUAUCCGGUUUCGUUUCCACUGGAAGAUCGGUUCGAGUUCAGCUUCAAAAUAAUCCCAACGACUCUAUCGCAGAUAUCGCUGCUAGCGUUUCUGGGUCAGCGGGAUGAUCACACCGAACGGAGCGAUCAUUUCUCCGUUAGCUUUAUUCAAGGUUUCAUUCUAGUCACGUGGAACCUGGGUACCGGACCGAGGCGAAUAUUCACCCAGCAACCGAUCCAGAUCCAAGCGGCUCGUCCGACUACCAUCAACGUCGGACGGAACGGUCGGCUCGCUUGGUUAUCCAUCGACGGGAAGGUUAAUAUUUCCGGCAACUCUCCCGGCAGCAGCAGCAAACUGAACGUUCUACCACAUUUGUACAUCGGUGGCCACGAGGAUGGCAAUUUUUCACGGUUACCGCACGAUUUACCGCUACACUCCGGCUUCCAGGGAUGUCUGUUCGACAUCCACAUUGUGGCGGGACCGGUGCAAAUUCCGCUACAGCAUAUCGGCGGAAUGCGGGGCCGAAGCGUCGGUCAGUGUGGUACUAAGGAAUGUCAUCGGCAUGCCUGUCAGAACAACGGUGCCUGCCUGCAGCAUGGUUCCACAUUUACCUGCAUUUGCCAGGAGGAUUGGAACGGGCUACUCUGUUCGCAGAAGAACAAUCCUUGCGAUUUGACAAACAAAUGCGCUGUGGAAUCGAGCUGUUUUCCCCUGAUCGGUGGUUACGAAUGUGACUGUCCCUUCGGGAAAAUCGGUAAAAGAUGCGAGUCUAAUUUGAAGUACUUAAGUGACGUUUCGUUCUCCGGACGAAGAUCUUACCUCGCCCUGAAGUGGCCCACAACGAGCAGUGAUUUUUCCUAUUUGGAAAACGAAGUGCGAUAUGAAAAGAUCAUUCAACCUCCAAGUUUGAUGUCGCAAAAUCACUCGAUUUUGCUGAAAUCAAUCCGGGAGUUGGACAAGAUUAAUGAAGUACUAAAAGUUGGCAACAAUGAAACGGCGACCAAUUUGCUGUACGCUCACACUAUGGUUCCACGUUCGGAUAACUCCCGGCAGCUAAGGAUCCGGUACCUUUCGAUCGAGCUGCAGGUACGACCACUUUCGGAGAAAGGUCUCCUGUUGUUCGUACGGACCUUUGAUUCCAACGAACAGAAGCUGGGUUUCGUCAGCCUAAGUCUCCAGGGAGGAGUUGUCGAGUAUCGUGUAUCGUCCGCCCAGGGACAGACUUCCGUAGUUCGUAGCAAUCACGUUCUAGCGAUCGGGGAAUGGCACACGGUUAAGAUAAUUAAAUACGGAAAAAGAUUGACGCUCUGGGUGGAAGGUAAAAGCACCUCAAUACUAGGUUCGGCUCGCGAGGAAUUCAUCAGUGCCACAGCGAAGGUGUAUUUUGGUGGUUUGCCAGAUUUAUCGCAGCUGCCAUUCGAUGCAAUGUCCGGAUUUCCACUGCCAUUCCGAGGUUGCGUUCGAAAUGUGAACUUGAACGGUACAAGAAUGACGUUGAACGAAAGUAGCAUUUUGGAUGCUAGGAAUAUCAACGACUGCGACGGAACACCCUGUGGAGGAGAUCUCUGCACCCGGGGUGGCUUGUGCUGGUUGGACGAAUACUCACAGCCUCACUGUAAGUGUCCAGAAUAUUCGAAAGGAUCGAACUGUGAAAUUCAGGAACCGUGUGAGGUGAUCAAGUGCCAAAACAAUGGGCAAUGCAUGAAAAAUGGGCUCUGUAGUUGCGGCAUUGGAUGGACGGGAUAUUACUGUGAAAUUGCCACCACUAAGUUUUCAGCACUAGGGUUUAAUGAUCGUAGCUACAUUUUGAUCCCAUCGCAGAAAAUUACGAUGAAAGACAAGAGAAACGGUCAAACGAGCAGCCUAAGUCCGCGCUUGGAGCUGCAGAUUUCAUUUAACGUGUCCACGCUGAAUGACGGUAUAGUGUUCUGGACUACGGAUAGAUAUUCCCACUAUUUUGGAAUAGGCAUACGGAACGGGUUCGUUACAGUUGCCAGCAAUAUGGUUCGGGAAGCUGAGAACCUGACGUCAACCGUUAGUGGCUGGAAGGCAUAUGUUGCCGAUGGAGAUUGGCAUAAUAUUCGUAUCGAAACGGAGGAUGCUACCGUACAAGUUUUCGUUGAUGGUUAUCCACUUUUUUCGGAUCUAAGACUACUGAAUGAGACAACGAUCGGUAAACGAUACACUUCGGAUGAAGUGACUUUCUUAGGAGGCUUUCCCGAGGAAGACGUCCAUAAUCGUACCUACGGCAAGUUUAGUAAUUCAUUUAGCGGUUGCAUACAGAGCAUCUUUCUAGGUAGCAAUCCGGAAGAACUUGACUAUACGAUCUUCGAGGGAGCCAACAUCGAGGAAUGUGAAGUUUAG